AUGUCAAGCGCGAAGAGCUUAUUGAAGUUAGCCAAAAGAGCAUUAGAACAAAAUGAUCCAGAAGCAGCAUUAGGUCAUGCAAAAUCAGUCAUAUCAAUUGAUCCUUCAUCAUAUUAUGCAUUUGUAUUUAGAGGAAAAGCUUACCAAUUAUUAAAUGAUUUACCUAAAGCCAUAACAUCAUUUAAAAGAGCAACUGAAAUAGAACCAAAUAAUAUAUUAGCUUGGAAAGGAUAUUUUCAAAUUGUGAAAAGUCAAGAUGAUUAUAAAUUAUUUUUUGAAAUUUUAACAUCUUUAAGUUCUUUGUUAAUUGAUCAAGGAAUAUCUAUUGCAGAUGUACUAAAAGAUUUAAGAUCAUACUUGGACAAACAAAAUGCCAAAAAUAAUGAUAAAAUUUAUGAAUAUUAUUUAAGAUCAAUACUACCUGGAACAAAAUUGGGAGAUUUAAUUGGAACAUCAAUUGAAAAUCCAGAUUUCACAUAUAAAAAGCUUUUAGAUUUUAAACAAACUAAGGUCGAGAAAGAAGUAGCCGGAAAGGUUUCUAGAGAAAGAGUUAAAUUUGGAAGAAUAUUAACAGCGGAGCAAAAAAACAAGUUAGACUCUGUUGCAUGGCUGUAUUACGAAGAUGGAGACAUUAUAAAUCUUUAUGAAAACUUUUUAAAUGUGUGUGAUGAUGACGGAUUACGAAGAAAGUAUGAAGAGAAAUUUUUGAAGUUCAAAUACGAAUUGUUAAAAAUAUCACCUAAUAAAGAAGAAUUAAUUCAAAAUAUUAGACAACAAGUUGAUGAUAUGAUACUUUUGAAAACAACUAGUUUAUUUUGUUGGAAUUUAUAUUUUGAUUGGAACGAUGACAGAACUGUGAAUGAUUUAGAUGAGACAAGAAUUAUAGAAUAUUUACAACUAUUUCAAAACGAAGGAUUAGGUUUAAUUUUAUUUGCAUUUGCAAUGAGUGAUAUAUCACCUUAUAACAAAGAAAAAAUUGUCAAAGGCUUAUCUGCUAACGAUGAGCAAAAAUCAACGAAAUCUAAGGAAACCAUAAAUGAGCCAAAGGAAUUGGUUGAUGAAGAAGAUCAUUCACAGUAUUAUUUACCACAAGAUGAAGUUUUGGGUGUGAUGCUACAAGGUUAUGCAAAAGCAAAAGGUUCUGUACUAGCUAACAGAAUCAUAGUUAAUUAUUACAUACAUCUUAGAGAAUAUCAAGUAGCAUCAGAAAGAUGUCGAGAAGGUAUAAAGAUUUUAGCAGAUAUUCAAAGAACUGUUGGGUUAGAUUUGAAGAAUACAAAAGAAGAUUUCUUAUGUUCAUUAGCAAUUGUUUAUACAUAUUAUGAAGCACCUAAAAAUUACAAUCGUGCUAUACAGUUGUAUGAUAAAAUUCUUGAAUCGAACCCAAACAACGUGAAAGCACAAGUAGGUAAAGGUUUAAUAUAUGUCGAAAGAGGUGAAUUAUUGGAAGCCAAAGCUAUCUUAAGUACCAUAGUUAAGGAUCAUCCCGAUAAUUUGGAAGCUGAAUCUGAAUACUAUUGGUGUUUAAUUAAACUUGGUGAAUAUAAAGAAGGUCAAAAGGGUCUACAAGAAUUCAUCAAAAAAAUCACAGGUGGAGAUUUACAUAGUCGAGAAAUAAAAGCAGUGGCUAAAUGGAGAAUUGCAAAAAGUUAUUAUGAUGAAGGCGACAUAAAUGAAUGUUACAAAUAUUUGAUUGAUUCUUUGAAAGAUUCUGAUUUACAUGCACCAUCAUAUACAUUAUUAGGUAUAAUUUUCCAAGAGCAUUAUAAUGAUAUAGGAAGAGCUCAAAAAUGUUUUUACAAAGCUUUUGAUUUGGAUCAGAAUGAAAUCAUAGCAGCUAAAUAUUUAGUUGAGCAAGCAACCGCUAAAAAUGAGUGGGAAGUUGCAAAAGUACUCGCAAAGAGAGUUGUUACAAAUGAAACUUCUAGAAGAUUGAUAAUGAGAGGUGAUAUCGAAGAUCCUUCAUGGGCAUAUAGAGUUUUAGGAUGUGGAGCAUUAAACAUACAAGAUGAUGCCAAAGCUGUAGAAUGGUUUCAAAAUGCACUCCGUAUAAAUUCUAGUGAUUAUGAAUGUUGGGUUGGAUUAGGUGAAGCUUAUUUUAAUUGUGGUAGAUUUGACGCUGCUGCUAAAGUAUUUCAACAUGCAUUAACAAUGAAGGAAGAACAACUGUGGAUUGUACUUUAUAUGUUAGGAGUGGUCACAUGUGAGAUGAAAGAAUUUAAUGAAGGUUUGACAUAUCUUUAUGCUGCUUUGGAAUCAAAGCCUAAUGAAGAAUGUAUAAUAAGUGCAAUUUAUGAAACCAAUAUUGAAAAUGCAAAUAAAUUCAUGCAAACUGGAUUUUAUGGUAGAGCCAUCAAUGCAAUUUCGAAAGCCUUAAAUUUCAUAAAUCAAGCAAUAUCUUUAAAUGAAAAAUCUCAAAAAGUUUGGAAAGCUCUUGGUGAUAGUUUAAAAAUUUUCUUAAAAAUACAAUAUUAUAUGGAUAAAGUGCCAUACGAUGAAUUAUUUGCUAUAUUUGACAAAAUCAAUUAUGAAAAUCUCGAAUAUGAAUUACCUGAUUCAAUAUCAUUAGUUAAUGCUAAGGAGUACCUAGAGAAAGGUAAAAAGGCUGAACUGCUAAAUUUGUUAAUUAUUUUAUCAUUUGCAGCAGCUUUGAAAAAUUUACCACAAAAGUCAAACAAAGCAUUGAAAGCAACCGCUUUUUAUAAUCUUGGAUUAUCAUUAUUAGAAGGAUAUCAAAAUCUUGAUAUCGUAGAAUAUCGUGAACUUUCAAUUCAAUAUUUAAAACGUGCUAUAAAAAUCGAGAAUAAUAAUGCGAAUUAUUGGAUUGCUUUAGGUAAUGCAUAUUUUACAACAAAUCCUCAAAUUUCUCAACAUUGUUAUAUUAAAGCAACAACACUUGAAGUUAAAGAUGCUGAAAUUUGGAUUAAUCUUGCAUCAUUGUAUUUAAAAUAUGGUGAUACACAAUUAUCUCAAGAUACUUUUUUAAGAGCUCAAUCUGUUGCACCUCAAGAUGCUCAAUCAUGGCUUGGUAAUGCUUUAGCUACUGAAAUUAUAGGAGAUGAAGAAAAAGCUUCUAAUCAAUAUAUUCAUGCUUUCACUUUAUCUAAAGGUAAAUUAGCAUUAGCUCAAUUUUUAUAUGGUUUAUCAGUAGCUAAUAGAAGUUCAGGAAGAGAUAAUAGAGAUGUUGAAACAGCACAAGAGUUUAGUAUAAGUAAUCAAGCCAUGCAACAAUAUUUAAAAUAUUAUCCUGAAGAUGAAGUUGCAUUGAGUGUUGGACUUACGAUUGCUGAAAGAUGUAAAGAUUUCGAUACUGCUUUGUUAAUUGGUGAAAAAUUAUGUUCAUUAUAUGAAAAAAAAUAUGAAGAAACUGAAAGUGAACUUAUAUUAGAAAAAUUUGCAUUAACUAAAUCUCAAUUAGCUAGACUUUAUCUUGGAUUAGGUCAAUAUGAUAAAUCAAUAGAAGAAGCUACAACUGCAUUGGAAUUAGAUCCUGAAUCUGAUAAAAUUGAAUUAUCAACUAGAAUAACUUUAGGAUUAUGUUAUUUUUUCCAAAAUAAAUUUGAAAAUUCAAUUGAUGAAUUGAAAAUAAUAUUAUCAAAAAAUUCUGAAUCUUCAAUUAUUAUUACAUUAAUUUCUCAAAUAUUAUAUGCUCAUAAUACACCAGAAACAAAACAAGCAUCAAUUGAUCAAUUAUUCUCGCAUAUAGAACAAAAUGGAUCUUCACUAUUAGUAGUAUUAACUUUGGGCGCUAUAUCUUUGGUUGAUAACUUACCAGAGUAUUUUGAGCCAAUAAAGGAUGAAUUAUUAGCAUUAAAUUUAAAUGAAAUAACAGCAGAUACAUCAAGACAAAUUCCAAAAUUAAUUAAUGAAAUAAAUAAAAGAUUAGGAGAUGAUGAUUCACAAAUUUGGAAUAGAUAUGCAUUUUUAUUUCCAUUUAGUUUUAACGUUUGGAAAAAUAUUAACAAUGAAAUGUCUACACAAUUAUUAGGUUUAAAUGAUAAUAAAAUUACUGGUAAUGAAUAUUCAAAUGCUAUGUUUAAAACAGGAAAAUUAAGAAAUAUUCAACGUAGUUUGUUAUUAAACCCUGAUUUAAAUAAUUGGUCUAAGGUAUAUGGUUGA